AUGGAAAACCAGAGAAAUAUCUCAGAAUUCAUUCUUCUGGGACUUUCUUCCAACAAGAAAAUACAAAUAUUUUGCUUUGUGCUCUUCUUAUUCUGUUACGUUGCUCUGUUGGUUGGAAAUUUUGUGAUCCUUGUCUCCAUUCGUUGCAGUCCUCUUUUUGAACAACCAAUGUAUUAUUUCCUCAUUCACUUGGCCACCAUGGAUAUCUGCUAUACCUCCACUGUCACACCCAAGUUAAUUGCUGACCUGAUGAUGGAGAUAAAGACUAUUUCCUAUGAUAUCUGCAUGUUGCAGGUAUUUGCCAUGCACUUCUUUGGAAGCACUGAGGUCUUCAUUCUUACCGCCAUGGCUUAUGAUCGCUAUUUUGCCAUCUGCAAACCUCUCCAUUACAUGAUUAUCAUGAAUAGAACAAGAUGCAAUCUCCUGGUAUUAGCUGCUUGGGUGGGUGGAGCUGUCCAUUCAUUUCCUCAAUUUUCCAUGGUUAUUCAGCUGCCUUUCUGUGGUCCUAAUGAAAUUGAUCACUAUUUUUGUGACAUCCUCCCAAUCCUCAGAGUUGCCUGUACUGAUACCUACAUCACUGGUGUUCUUGUAAUUGCCAAUUCAGGGUUAGUUGCCCUGGUUACCUUUAUUGUUUUAUUUUUUUCUUAUGUUGUCAUAUUGUUCACCUUAAGAAAUCAGUCAUCUGAGGGAAGACGCAAAGCCCUUUCCACUUGUGGGUCUCAUAUUACUGUGGUCAUCUUAUUUUUUGGUCCUUCCAUUUUUGCCUACCUUAGACCUCCAACUACUUACUCUGAGGAUAAAGUAUUUGCACUGUUUUAUACUAUUAUUGCUCCCAUGUUCAAUCCCUUAAUCUACACACUGAGAAAUACAGAGAUGAAAAAUGCCAUGAGAAAAGUUUGGUGUCAAACACUAUUUUCCAAAGAAUCACACAAUUAA